UCUGUCGUCGGUGGGCAUCUCUUCUCUGAUUCUCUUCGCAUUUCAUCCAAGCAAAAUAAAUCUUGAUUUUCCACCAUUGUUUGAUUCUUUCCUCCGUUCUCUGUAUAAUUAUUUUCCAACCAAGAAGUAUCUUGAAAUUACACUGACUGUGUGUAAGUAGUGAAAAUGGAGGCGAAGAUCGGUUUGGCGAUCUGCGUGAUGGCAAUGGCAGCGUGCUUGGCGGGCGCGGCCGACAAAGAAAUCAAAGUGAAGACUGUGAAGGGUGAGAAGGUGUGCGACCAAGGAUGGGAGUGCAAGGGCUGGUCCAAAUACUGCUGCAAUCUCACUAUCUCCGAUGUCUUCCAGACCUACCAGUUCGAGAAUCUCUUCUCCAAGAGGAACUCACCGGUGGCGAACGCCGUUGGCUUCUGGGAUUACCGGUCCUUCAUCCUCGCCGCCUCCACGUUUGAGCACCUCGGAUUCGGGACCACCGGCGGCAAGCUCAUGCAGAUGAAGGAGAUCGCCGCAUUCCUAGGCCACGUCGGCUGCAAAACUUCGUGUGGAUAUGGAGUGGCUACGGGUGGACCUCUAGCAUGGGGUCUAUGCUUCAACAAGGAAAUGAGUCCCAGCCAAAAAUAUUGUGAUGACUUCUACAAAUACGAGUAUCCAUGUGCUCCUGGAGCUGAAUACUAUGGCCGUGGAGCUAUUCCAAUCUACUGGAACUACAACUACGGAGCAAUUGGUAAAGGCAUCAAUCAGGAUUUGUUGAACCAUCCCGAAUACGUUGAACAAAAUGCCACUAUUGCCUUCCAGGCUGCAAUCUAUAGGUGGAUGACUCCCGUGAAAAAGAAACAGCCAUCUGCUCACGACGUCUUUGUUGGGAACUGGAAACCCACCAAGAAUGAUACAUUAGCAAAACGAGUUCCUGGAUUUGGAAGCACCAUGAAUCUUUUAUAUGGUGAGCUCACUUGUGGGCAGGGUGACAUUGAUCCCAUGAACAACAUCAUCUCUCACUACCUCUAUUAUCUUGACUUGUUGGGUGUCGGUCGAGAGCAAGCAGGACCCAAUGAAGUACUCUCCUGCGCCGAACAGCUUCCGUUCAAUCCCUCUACUACCAAAUCAUCGACUUGAAAAGCCUUCAAUUUCUAUCUGAAUCUCUCUUGCAAUAAGAUUUGUGUUGGGGGACAGGCACCUCUCAUGUAUUUGUGUGAUUAUUGAAUUUGUAAUAUGUCGACUGUUAUUGCUUCAUACACAGGUUUUGUUAAUUCAAGUGUAUUGUUAAGUUGUAAUACUAUUAUACUUGAAUCUAAAAUUUUCAGUUCCUACUUGAGGACUCUUUAUGUUUGAUUAA